UUGCAGCGAUCGAAUUUACUCUACGAUCGGUGUACAAGACCGACAGUGCUUCCCCUGAGAUUAUUAGUUCCACUUACUUAUUUUCCCUCGAAUUCACCUAGAAGGAAUUUGUUGGCCUGCAAACGGCGAGAGCCUAUAAAACUAAAUCGCGAAGUGCUUGGUUUUGCUGUGAAUCGACUACAAUAUGCAUUGUUAGCGGAAGCAUGGCGUUUGGUAGGCGAAGAUAUCCUAUCACCGGAAGAUGUUGACAAGGUCAUGAGCGCUGGACUCGGACCACGAUAUGCGAUCCAUGGACCAUUGCAGACUGUUCAUCUCAACGCAAAUGCGACCGUUCUUUCUGUAACCCCAUCACUUCCAGGCAUCCGCGACUACUUCGUCAGGUAUGGUGAUGGUAUUCGACGAGUCAUGGCAGACAUG